AUGCGGGACCCGCGGGGCGCCAAGCCGCCCCUGGACCCGGUACGCCUUGUGCUGCCCGUGCCUGUGCUGCCCGUGCCUGUGCUGCCUGUGCCUGUUGCUGCCCGUGCCUGUUGCUGCCCGUGCCUGUGCUGCCCGUGCCUGUGCUGCCCGUGCCUGUGCUGCCCGUGCCUGUGCUGCCCGUGCCUGUGCUGCCCGUGCCUGUGCUGCCCGUGCCUGUUGCUGCCCGUGCCUGUGCUGCCCGUGCCUGUUGCUGCCCGUGCCUGUGCUGCCCGUGCCUGUGCUGCCCGUGCCUGUGCUGCCCGUGCCUGUGCUGCCCGUGCCUGUUGCUGCCCGUGCCUGUGCUGCCCGUGCCUGUGCUGCCCGUGCCUGUUGCUGCCCGUGCCUGUGCUGCCCGUGCCUGUGCUGCCCGUGCCUGUGCUGCCCGUGCCUGUGCUGCCUGUGCCUGUUGCUGCCCGUGCCUGUGCUGCCCGUGCCUGUGCUGCCCGUGCCUGUGCUGCCCGUGCCUGUUGCUGCCCGUGCCUGUGCUGCCCGUGCCUGUGCUGCCCGUGCCUGUGCUGCCCGUGCCUGUUGCUGCCCGUGCCUGUGCUGCCCGUGCCUGUGCUGCCCGUGCCUGUGCUGCCCGUGCCUGUGCUGCCUGUGCCUGUUGCUGCCCGUGCCUCUGCUGCCCGUGCCUGUGCUGCCCGUGCCUGUUGCUGCCCGUGCCUGUGCUGCCCGUGCCUGUUGCUGCCCGUGCCUGUGCUGCCCGUGCCUGUGCUGCCCGUGCCUGUGCUGCCCGUGCCCGUGCUGCCCGUGCCUGUUGCUGCCCAGGCCCCUCUCACGGCCCCUCGCGCCACCCUCAGCGGCCCCGUCGCCGCCCCUAGCGGCCCCGUAGCCGCCCUUCCAGGCCCCUCGCGGCCCCUAGCGGCCCCGUCACCGCCCCUACGCGGCCCCGUCGCCGCCCCUAGCGGCCCUGUCGCCGCCCCUAGCGGCCCCGUUGUCGCCUCCCUACCUACGCGGCCCCGUUGCCGCCCCUACGCGGCCCCGUAG